CCGUCGCUUCUCCACAAACCAUCCAAAACAACAAACCUACUCUCCCCAUCCAUUUCCUCGUACCUACUGCAACAGCCCCGGUAAAACCAUAUAAUCCGCCUCGACCUCGUCCUUGGAACCGUCCCCCGAAUCAAAAACUUCAAUCUCGAAAACUUUCCGACCAACUCUUAGAUUAAGCAAGACAAAAAUGUCUGACGACGGCCAGAUGGAAUUCGAGGGGGGUGACUACCAGGAGUAUGACCCGGAUACCAUGGUGUGAGUUGGCCUCUGCCUUGGGUUGGAUAGAUGGAGAAAGACGGGGAGAAUGAUGGAAAGCUACAAAGCAGGAGGGGCGAGACGGGGCUUGCAGGAGAAUCAACAGCGGGGCUCGCAGCUUUACGUUUGCCUUGUGGCACAGAUAGAAGCAGAACCGGGAACGACACCAUAUCAACAAUCGUUUCCAAACAAAUGCUGAUCCUGAUACAGCCACGAAGAGCACGCUGAGGGUGAAGAGGAAGAAGCCAACGGUGACGCCGACGAAAACAUGAUUGUCGAGUCUGGUGUCCCAGAAGGCGACCGUCCACGCACAGGCAAAGCCGCCAAAGCCAACGAAGUGCGCGUCACAACGCCCUACAUGACGAAAUACGAGCGAGCAAGAGUAUUGGGUACCAGGGCUUUGCAGAUCUCUAUGAACGCCCCCGUGUUGGUACCAGUCGAAGGCGAAUCGGACCCGCUCGAGAUUGCGCUCAAAGAGCUGGCGGCCAAGAAGAUCCCGCUUGUCAUACGGCGAUACCUUCCCGACAACUCUUUCGAGGACUGGAAAGUCGAAGAGCUUAUUGUCCAAGAAUAAGCUAUCAACUGCUUGCCAAACUACUCUCCUUCUUUCUUGUGGUCUUCAUUCCGGUCUUUGUUGAAAUGCAUAAUCAUCGUUACAGGUCUG